CACACAACUACACCAGUGCCCGUCUAUGAAUACAGUGUCAACGAAUUUAUUGUCGAUCUUCGAACUCACGAAGUGACAUCGACUCAAGGAACGCUCCGAAAAAGAAAACUGAACGACCUUCUUCAUUCACGAUGGGAAGAGGCAAAAGGCAAGAACGCAUUCAAAUAUGGCCUCAAUUGUAUGUACAAAUUACUUGACGGUCGAUACAAUCUUUCGAUGCAGUUGAAUGUCGAACGCGGUGAAUUACGAAGAAAGCCAAUGCGGUUUAAGAAUAUCAGGGAACCUUUCAAUCAUCUUCGAUGGAAUUUCACAAAAUUACCUGAGAAUGAGAUCCUUCUCUAUCUGCGAUGCGAGGAUCGCCCAAUCACCCAUGACGCUCUUGAUCGCCACGUGAUAGCAGUGAACGCAAGUCCACUUGAAAGGGACCACAGUCUCAUCAUUCCAUCAAUAAACAGGUGUUUACCGCAGGUUUUGACGCCGACAGCUAUACGAAUAGCCACAGAUGUUAUGCUUCUUACAGCCGAUCAUUCGUUCAACAUAUUGUUCAACAGCUUGCUAGGACAAGCCUCAAUCAAUCACCUUCAUUUACAUUUCCUAUACUGGCCAUACGAAAGCGAUUUAAUCAACAGGCGGUUUGAAUUACUAAACGACUCGUCCGAAGUUUACACCAUUGAGCCUCCAAAUUGGCUUUGCAACGCGUUCGCAUUUCAGUUGACAACACUAGACGAAUACGACUGUUUUCAAAGAAACCUAACACGCUGCGUGGAAUUUCUGUCUGAACGAAAUCAAGCACACAAUGUGUUCAUCACUCGUGCACAACCUAUACGCACAGCCGGACCGUUACAAGAGGAAGAUAAGGCGGAAAAGCGACCCCAAUUAGUUACAGCCUAUGUUUUUCCAAGAAUGAAUGUCGUCGGUGCUAAACCGCCGACAAACUUUAACCCGGCCGCUAAUGAGCUCGCUGGGUGUUUGACGUCAUACACGGUGCGUUUCUUUGAGUCGGCUAGUGAGCAGUCCGCCAUCCGAAUAAUUGAAGAAGAAGCUCAAAUACCAACCGAAGUUUUUCAAAAAGUGAGUAGUUUUUUUCAGAGUAGUGUACCGCACCGCAUUUCUAAGCAAGCUUAA